UGGCAACAAGGAAAAGAAGGAGAGCACUAACAAGGGAAUAACAACAGAAGAAAGGAGUGACAGAGGCCCAGGAUCAUUUGUCAGUGUCUACCCGCCCACUGGAUGUUUCAGCCAUGAACAUGAGCUUGACCUUUGCCUUGUUUCUUGUCCUGAGUCUUCACACUUGUACAUCCAUGGGAGGCAGAGCCCAGCGCAGACAGAGGCAAGCUGAGGAGAGCCUGAGACCGUACAUUGGCAGAGUAGAGCCAGAAAAGCUUUGUGAGCUGCUGAAAUGCCACAGUCCUGUGGGAUCUUGGUGUCAGGCAGUUCAGGAAAACGGAGUCCUCGUCCCCAAGUGUGUUUGUCCUGAGUCCUGUCCACGGCAGAGGGCACCAGUGUGCAGUGUUCUGGGAAGGACCUAUGGGAAUGAGUGUUUGCUGCAUAAAGAAGCCUGCAGAAAGAGACGCCGCACUGGACUGGCUCACACAGGACCCUGUCUGGUCCCCAAGGCUAAAUGCACCGAGGAGGAGUUAAGCCAGUUUCCAUAUCGUCUCCUGGACUGGUUUCUGCUCCUGAGUCGUAUGGGGGAGUCCUACGCACCUGCAGCCCCGCCCCAGAGCUGCCUCAGCCACACCCAAAGGACACAACUAGCAAAGCAAAGAUUUGCCAUACUGGACAAGAACAACGAUGGAAAGUUGAGCCGCAGGGACCUGAGGAAGCUGCGUUACAAGAAGAUGCCUCUGGAGCACUGCGCUGCACAGUUCUUUCAGUCAUGUGACCGCAACAGGAACAGGAAGGUGACCCUGCGAGAAUGGACAACCUGUCUGGUGGAUCGCUCCGAGGCCUGGUUCUACCAUUUCAUGUCAAUGAGGAUGGGCUCCCGCCAGCUGUGUCCUACAAUCAAAGAGAACUACCUUUGACAUGAAAACAGCCGUGAACUCCUGCGUGUCUUUUGUACUCUAAAGAACCUGCUGAGGACCACAUCACCACAGUCAC